GUUAGCGCCAGGACAUAUUAUAUCCGGGCAAUAGUGGUAUGAAGAAUCAUAGUACGCUGUGCAAAGACAGGUAGAUGCCCACGUCGAAACCUUUAUAUAAUGAAUGAGGCAGCCUCUUAAGGCUGUCUCCUCCCUCUCUCCCCUUUCUAGUCAUUGAGAGCUAGUUAAGGAUUCCAUCAUCAAAUUUGUUAGCAACACAAGAAAAACAGGUCAUCAUGCCGUCAGCCCUUUCAGCACUUCACGGAGCUGGUUCCACAGUCCUCUCAAACCUUUUCAUCAGCCUUCCCACCCCCAAAGCAAAUUCCGAACUGUCAGAGCAAAUCAUCAUCGUGACCGGCUCGAAUACCGGCCUCGGGCUCGAGGCCAGCCGCCACUUGUUGCGCCUCGGAGUAGGCAAACUGAUCAUGGCUGUACGGAACGCGAACAAGGGUGAUGCCGCCAGGCAGCAGCUCCUCACAUCCACCGGUCGAAAUGAGUCCUCCAUCGAAGUGUGGCCCCUGGACAUGGACAGCUAUGCAUCCGUCCAAGCCUUCGCAAGCCGCGCCUCCUCUCAGCUCCCGCGUCUAGAUGGUGUAUUGGCGAACGCUGGGAUCAUGACCAGCAAGUUCAGCGUGAGCGAGGGCAACGAGAAGACGCUCACCGUCAACGUCAUCAGCACCGUCUUGCUCUGCCUUCUGCUCGCGCCCAAGAUGCGCGAGUCCGGGCGGGAGACAGGCAACCUGUGCCGGUUUGUGAUCCCCAACAGUGCGCUGCACUACAUGGCACCGCUGAAGGAGCUGGAGCUGGAGAGGGACAUCAUCGCCGGGCUAAACAUUCCGGAAAGGGCCAACAUGGCGGGUCGCUAUCCUCUGAGUAAGCUGCUCGUCCUAUAUGGUGUGCGCGAGCUGGCCCAGAGGAGCGAGGCUGCCGGCAGGAAGGAGUCUUUCAUAAUCAACACCCCGAAUCCCAGCUACUGUAAAUCCGAUCUGGGGAGGGAGAUGGUAACAUUUGGGGCCAGGGCGGCAGAGAAGAUUCUUGCUCGGAGCACGGAGGAGGGCAGCCGGACUCUAGUCCACGCUGUGUUUGCCGGUAAGGAAAGCAACGGCCAGUAUUUGACAAACUGCCACGUCCAGAGACCUGCAAGCCACGUAACUGGACAAUGGGGCCAGCAAGUACAGAAGAAGUUCUUCGAUGAGCUUGUUGCAAAUCUCGAACAAAUUCACCCUGGUGUCUCGGCCAACAUCUAGCUAUGCAUUGUCCAGACGAUGCCGCCAUUUGGAAUAAGCAAUAAAUGUUUUGUAUGGUUAAAAGGGUAGGGCAUUGCGUUUAAUAUGUAUGUUUAGCCUGGUCAGAAAGGUGUAAAGCAAC